AUGAUAUCCAGUCCUCCCUCGUCACUCCAUCCAACCAUUCUAGACCAUCCUUCAAAAACAUUCGACGAAUCUCAGCCAAAGCAAGAUCUCGUAGCUAGCUUGCUUGGUAUGGAAUUUUCGUGGUCCAGAUUGCCAUCGCCAAGGUCGAAGGAAAAGAAAUUAUGUCGGACUUGCACGAGUUCGAGAUUGAAGUUUGAGGAUCAUGGGCUGGGUUUGGAGGAUCUGAGCUUGACGAGGAGAAUCUUCGUGGGGAUAUCAGGAGGUGGAGUUCGCGGGUUGGUUGUGGCAUGGUCGGUGGUGGAUGCCCAUCUAUUGAGUGGUCAGAGGUCGUCGAAUUGGAAAAACGUGAGGUUAGAAGGCGAUGACUGA